AGAUGAGGCAUGAAAAAGUGAAGGUCUCAACAAAGAUGCAGGAGACAGCAGCACAGAAGACACAGAAUAAGGGUUUGAAAAGAGAGAAGACAUUCAAGUCCUGGGCCCAGAGAUCAAUCUCCAUGGAUCAGGUUUAUAACAAAGUUCAGAAAAUGCUAAAGCUUAAAGGAGAAUUGAGAGGUGUCAAGGAAAUGAAAGAUGAGGUGGGGGAAAGAGACAGAGAAGUGAGCAGCCUGAACAGCAAGCUCUUGAGCCUGCAAGUUGACAUCAAGAAUCUCCAUGAUGUCUGCAAGAGACAGGGAAAGACCUUGCAGGACCAGCUCUGCGUGGAGGAGGCGGUGAUGAACAGCAACCACAAUAAGAAACAAGCAUUAGCAUUCGAGGAAUUACAGAUGGAGUUUGAGCCCAGUAAACAGUGUCAUCUGAGACAACUCCAACAACUCAAGAAAAAAUUGCUGGCCCUUCAGCAAGAACUGGAGUUUCGCACAGAAGAGUUGCAGACUUCCUACUGUUCCCUCCUGCAGUAUCAGUCCGUCCUAGAGAAGCAGACUUCUGACCUGGUUCUUCUUCACCAUCACUGCAAACUAAAAGAGGAUGAGGUGAUUCUCUAUGAGGAGGAAAUUGGAAAUCAUAAUGGGAACACAGGGGAGAAGCUCCAUUUGGCACAGGAGCAACUCGCCUUGGCCGGGGACAAGAUCGCUUCCCUAGAACGGAGCUUAAACCUCUACAGGGAUAAAUACCAGACCUCCCUAAGCAACAUUGAGUUACUGGAGUGCCAAGUGAAGAUGUUGGAAGGGGAGCUCAGCGGGAUCAUUGGUCAGGAACCUGAGAACAAGGGUGAUCAUUCAAAGGUGCGUAUAUACACUUCUCCCUGCAUGAUUCAAGAGCAUCAGGAGACCCUGAAACGGCUGUCUGAAGUCUGGCAAAAGGUCUCUGAACAGGAUGAUCUAAUCCAGGAACUUCGAAAUAAGCUAGCCUGCAGUAACGCUUUGGUGCUGGAGCGUGAAGAGGCUUUGAUAAAAUUACAAGCAGACUUUGCUUCGUAUACAGCCACUCACCGACAUCCUCCUAGCUCCUCAGAAGAUUGUGAAGACAUAAAAAAGAUACUGAAGCACUUGCAGGAGCAGAAAGACAGCCAGUGCCUGCAUGUGGAGGAGUACCAGAACCUCGUGAAGGACUUGCGCAUGGAGCUGGAAGCCGUGUCGGAACAAAAGAAAAACAUCAUGAAGGACAUGAUGAAGCUGGAGCUGGACCUGCACGGGCUGCGGGAGGAGACUUCCGCCCAUGUGGACAGGAAGGAUAAGGAGGUGGUCAUCCUGCAACGGCGGCUGCAGGAGCUGCAGAUGCAGUUCACUGAGACCCAGAAGCUCGGUUUGAAGAAAGACACGCUCCUCCAAGAGAAAGAUGAAAUGCUGCACGAGCUAGAGAAGGAACUGGCACAGGCUCAGACCAUGCUCAUGAAGAAGGAGGUGGAGUUGGAGAAGCAGCAACUAAUGGCAACAGAACUCGAAAUGGCCAUCCAGGAGGCGAAGCAGAAUAAGUGCAAGGUGGAGUGUGGGGCCCUGCGAGCUGAGAUCCAGAAGCUAAAGGACUGUCUCGAAGAUGCCCAACAGCAGCAGAGGCUGGCCGCUCAGCAAGCUGCCCAAUAUAAAGAAGAGGCCAUUCUGGCAAAAGAUAGCCUGGAGGACUCCCAGAGGAAACUGCAAAACUGCAUUUUCCUGGAGAAGCAGAAGACAGACACCAUCCAGGAGCUGCAGCGAGAGCUUCAGAAGCUACAGAAGGAUUCCCUGAUGGCCGAGGAGGAGCUCACACCCAACAGGAAACGGAUAGAGGAGCUGACAUCAGAACUCUCGGAAGCCCUGAGGAAGCUUGAAAAUGCAGACAAGGAAAAGAGGCAACUUCAGAAGACAGUGGCUGAGCAGGAUAUGAAACUGAACGACCUGCUAGAUCGCAUAAAACUCGUUCAACACCAGCACAGGGAGCAAGGCUGCACCAAAACCACUCUGGAAGAGGAGCUUAAGGAGGCAACAAGGUUACUGGAGGAGAAGCGGGAGCAGUUGAAAAAGAGCAAAGAACAGGAGAAGGUGCUGGAGCAAGAGAUUGAGUCACUCCGACAGGAAGAAAAAAGGAAAGAAAAGAUGUCAAAAGAGAAUUUGCAAAAGUUGGAGGAGGAAAACGAGACUCUCAAAGCACAGUUAAAGCAAUGUUCUACACAACUGGAUUCCUCUCUCAGCAAACACAACGCCUCCCAGAAAGUCAUCCAAGAGCUGAAUAACAAGAUAGCCCUUCAGAAGGAGGCCUUAGCAUGUCUGCAGGCCCAGCUAGACACAGCUUUGCAGAAAGAGAAGCGAUGUCUCCAGACCAUGGUCACUAAAGAAUCCUAUGAGGAAUUAUCCCGGAAGUCCAUCGCCUGCCAAGACGACCUGACACAAGCCCUUGAGAAGCUCAACCACACAACCGCAGAGACCAAGAGCCUGCACCGAAGCUUGACACAGGCCCAAGACAGGAAAGCUCAUCUGGAAGAUGAAAUCACGGCUUACGAGGAGAGGAUGAAAAAGCUCAACAUGGAAUUAAAAAAACUUCAGGGCUUCCACGAGCAGAGUGAGCUGGAGGUACAUGCCUUUGACAAAAAGCUGGAGGAGAUGAGCAACCAAGUGCUGCAGUGGCAGAAGCAGCACCAGAGUGACCUCAAGAUGCUGGCCGCUAAAGAGGAGCAGCUCAGGGCGUUCCAGGAGGAAAUGGCCGCCCUGAAGGAGAACCUCCUUGCCGAUGAGAAGGAGUCCUGUUGCCUGCCCCCGCGGUCAGUGGCCAAAGACACCUGUAGGCUGCACCUAGAGAAUGAUCAGAUUAUGACCAACAUGGAGCAAUGGGCAAAAGAGCAGAAGAUCGCCAAUGAGAAACUAGGAAACAAGCUCCGUGAACAGGUUAAAUAUAUCGCCAAGCUGACGGAUGAAAAGGACCAACUCCACAACGUAAUGGUCCAUCUGCAGCAGGAAAACAAGAAGCUGAAGACCGAGAUAGAGGAGAGGAAGCUGAAAGCCGGGCACCCAAGGUUAUGCACCAAAUCCCUGGGCCCAAGCAAAACGGAGUUCACACAAAGGGGGAGAGUGUGCAACACCUUGGGCUGGAGGGGGACGACCCAGGACAUGAGCCACAGAGUGGACAUCACCAAGUGUCUCAGGAUGCCCCACUGCUCAGAGCAGGUAGACUCCUUCUCCUAGCCCUUCAACCCAGGGCCACGACAGAAGCCUCCCCAGCAAGCAGCCAGAAGCCCUCUCUUCACUCCAGGAGCCCUCUCUUCACUGCACCUGCAUUCCCAAUAAAGGUGGUUAGAGGUACAAGGAACGGAAGUAGAGGUAUAGUUGGUGCUGGCUGGUAAAGCCUGACUUCCAAACUCAUCCAUAAAAGUGACAUGAAUUUUAACUUAUAUUGAGUUAUAGCAGAUGGAAAUUCAAAUCCCAGGAACAGAGCAAGGAAGGGAGUGGAAGGAAGUCAGCAGUGUGAGCCCAGCGCCCCAGGGCUCACUGAGCACAGGCCACUCUCCACGUGCCUUGAAGUCCCCAAGCCUGUUGGUGACUUAGCCCCAACACAGAACCUUGCAACCAACAUGCCUGGCAGAAGCCCAACCCUAGGAAAUCACAAAAUAAGGGCCAAAUACCCAGUCACCUCAGCAGAUUCACCAGGCUGCUUAACAAAAAGUUAGUGAUUCCAGCAAAAGGAUCAUCUUUUACACGAAAAUCAAUAGGCAACAUUUUACACUGUUUUCCAUCAACACACAGCCUUUACACACUCAAAGAGUAGAAACUUCUGCCAUUCUGAACAAGAGAGCAGCCAACCCACCCCUGGGGAAAGGCAGAGGGCACGCGGCUACCCACCAGCCUUAGGAACAGCUGGGCCCCCAAGCUUGGUUUGGUGCACCAGGCCAUUCUCCUUCCCUGCCAGCUGUGUCCAGCUCUGCCAACCCCUCCUCUAGGAGGCAGGACCUGGAGAACAGAAACAAGGCGAGCUGGGGUUCUAGGAG